AGGAAAUCAGAACAGGAGCAGCAGGAGUUCAUCCUGCAGUCGGUGGGUUGCUGGUUCGAUUCCCGCCCUCAUCGUUUGUGUCCCUCCACAGUCGCUCCGUUUCCAUCAACUAUAAAAACUGAGAAAUGUAACGGAAUAAACCCACUGAGGGGUUUGGAUGAAAGUUUUAGCGGUAGGAUGAGGAGGUUUUUCAGCCAAUCGAAACACUUUUUCACACCACGAGUCACGUGAUCAACAGCCGGAUGUUACUGCUGGGCGGAAACCAGGAAGACGGCAGGAAGUGUUUGGAGGAUGAUGGUUUGUUUUAGUUUUUUCUGGCUCCUCCAGAGCUUCACAGCAUCAGGUGAGAAAAAGCUGAGAGUCGUUCCAACAUGUUGAAUCCACCGCUCUUCUGUCAAAAUACAAUUUCCCAAAACGCAGCACAGGUAGCCGCUCCACAGUAGGCGGGGCUUAUCGCUCCAAGGCCUGAACGAGACGCUGACGUCUCCUCUGAUUGGCUGAUAGAUGAUGAGCGCUAGCGCCACCAUGGCUGAGUUAUGAGUUUGAACUUUCCAUCCGUGUCUGCCAUGAAUAUUAAUGACUUUUCUCUGGAGAUAAAUUAUUCACAUGUGGUUUUAAUUUCAUUUCUUAUUUCAUGGAAACACUGCAACAGUGAAAUUGUGUUUUUUUGACAUUAGCAGAAAACAGACUGAGAUUUGCUGACAGUUGUCAUGGAAACCUCCCAGAGUGAUGAAGACUCCUCCAGGCCUUCAUCGCCGCAGCUCGUUCCGGCUGCUGCUGCAGCACCCAGACACCGGCGGCCCUCGGGGGCCCGGCGGUGGCAGCAUCAUGCCGCCGCCUCUCUGUGUUUCCUGCAGGAGAAGGAAGGCGGCGUCCUGCCGUCCUGGAGGAUCUGCUGUUCUCCACCAUGGCAGAGGGACAGGAGGACGUCCCAGCGUGAGUCUCCAGAGGACGGACACGGAGACGCCGUCCGCCUCGCCGUCUCUGCCUUCAGGCUCUGAAAUCCACGGGGCGUCGGACCGGAGACCCUCGGCUCAAAGAGGUCAAGGAGACGCUGAAGGUCGCCAUGGAGACGACCUCAGACGGAGCGCUGGACCGACUCCUCCUCAAGAAGUGACCACACCUGUGCUGUGAGAGGGGGCGGAGCCUCAGGUGGGUCCGGUUCAAGUUCUGCAGAAUCAGGUCCGGUUCUCCAGUCGCUCCGACUCGGUUUGUGUGAACAGAAGGAGAAGCAAAGAUCUGAUCAGAUAAAAGAUGGCGCAGCAGCAGGAAGUCCAGCAGGAUUUUGAGAAAAAACUUUUCAAGGUUCUUCCUGAGUUUGUGGAGAGAGUUUCUGAGGAAAUCCUAAAUCAGCUCCUCGAUGACCUGGAAACAGACGGUGUCCUUAUUCGUUUGGAGAAGCAGGCGAUACUUCGAGGGAACCCAAUCACAAUAGACAAAGCCCGUAGCACCAUUGAUGCUGUGAGGAUGAAAGGACAGAGAGCCUGUGAAAUGAUGAUCAAACGUCUUCAACUCAGAGAUCCGACUCUGUCCAAUCAGCUGGGUUUGUCCUCCUUGUCCCCUUCUAAAGAAGUCCAGAAGAUGGAAUAUCGGCAUCGAAAGAAGGACAGAGCAGAACCUCCAGGAUCCAUCAGUCCAUCUAUAAGGAGAGACCGGUCCAAAUAUGAUCCUCUAAACUUCAGUAAUGAACCUGGACCCUCUGAUAGAAAGGUGAACCCCAGCUCUCGCCUUAUUACUGCUGAACACCAGUCCCUCCAUGACCCUGCAAAGAUAAGAAGUGAUGAACGACGGAGGGAUGGAUGGAGGAAAGAUCUUCCUGGAUGGAUGGAGAGGAGCAGCUGUGCUCCAGAGGAAAAACUUUCCAAGGUUCGCCCUGAGUUUGUGGAGAAAGUUUCUGAGGAAAUCCUGAAACGGCUCCUUGAUGACCUUCUAUCAGAUGGCGUCUUUAAUCAUUCAGAGAUUGAAGGUAUACUGCAGAAGAACCCAAUCAGAGCAGACAAGGCCCGCGACACCAUAGAUGCUGUGAUAAAUAAAGGACAGAGAGCCUGCAGAUUGAUGAUCAAACGUCUUCAUCACAGAGAUCCGACUCUGUCCAACCAGCUGGGUUUGUCCUCUGACUCCUCUGGUCCAGAUUUUGAUAUUCGGUGUCAACGUGAACUUAAAGCGUCUCUGAAGAUGAAGUUCCAGAGUCUCUUUGAAGGCGUCGCUGAACAUGGAAAUAAAACCGUUCUGGACCAGAUCUACACAGAGCUCCACAUCACAGAGGGGUUAACUAGAGAGGUCAACCAGGAACAUGAGGUCAGACACAUUGAAACAGCAUCCAGGAAACAAGAAACAAUCAGAAGAGAAGACCUCUUUAAAGUCCCACCAGGAAGAGAUCAACCAAUCAGAAAAGUGAUGACCAUGGGAGUGGCUGGCAUUGGGAAAACACUGUUAACACAGAAGUUCACUCUGGACUGGGCUGAAGGCAAAACCAACCAGAACAUUGAUUUCAUAUUUCCAUUCACUUUCAGAGAGCUGAAUAUGUUGAAAGAAAAAAAGGUCAGCUUGGUGGAACUGAUUCAUGAGCGCUUCACUAAAACUAAAGAAAUCAGCAGCUUUGAAACGUUCCAGGUUCUGUUCAUCUUUGAUGGUCUGGAUGAAAGUCGAUUUACUCUGAAUUUCAACAACAAUCCGAUCCUGACUGAUGUUACAGAGUCCAGCUCAGUGGAUGUUCUGGUGACAAACCUCAUCAGGGGGGAACUGCUUCCCUCUGCUCUCCUCUGGAUAACCACACGACCUGCAGCAGCCAAUCAGAUUCCUGCUGAGUUCACCGACAUGGUAACAGAGGUCAGAGGGUUCACUGACCCCCAGAAGGAGGAAUACUUCAGGAAGAGAUUCAGAGAUGAUGAAGAGAAGGCCAGCAGGAUCACCUCCCACAUCCAGAAAUCAAAAACUCUCCACAUCAUGUGUCACAUCCCAGUUUUCUGCUGGAUCACUGCUAAUGUUCUGGAGAAUGUGAUGAAGACCAGAGAGGGAGGAGAGCUGCCCAAGACCCUGACUGAGAUGUACAUAGAGUUCCUGGAGGUUCAACUCAAAAUCAAGAAGAAAAAGUUUGGAGGAGCUGAAGAAGAUCCAGAGGACAUAAAGCUGAUUGAGUCUCUAGGAAAACUGGCUUUUGAGCAGCUGCUGAAGGGAAACCUGAUCUUCUAUGACAAAGAGCUCAAACAGUGCGGCAUCAACAUCAAAGAUGCUGCGUUGUUCUCAGGAGUGUUCACUGAAAUGUUUAAAAGAGAGAGAGGGACGCGCAACAUCUCCGUCUACUCCUUUGUUCAUCUGAGCAUCCAGGAGUUUCUGGCUGCAGUCUACAUGCUCCACUGUUUCACCAGCAGGAAGUCAGAGGUGAUCAAGACGUUCCUGGGAGAAGAAUACAGAGAAACAUCUCUAGAUGAGUUCAUGAAGAAAGUCAUGAAGAAAUCCCUCAGCAGUGAAAAUGGCCACCUGGACCUGUUUGUCCGCUUCCUUCAUGGUCUCACUGUGGAGUCCAACCAGAGCAUCUUAGGAGGCCUGCUGGGUCAGACAGAGAACAGUCCAGGAACCAUCCAGAGAAUCAUCACCAACCUGAAGGAGAUGAACACUGAUAUAAUCUCUACUGACAGAAGCAUUAACAUCUUCUACUGUCUGGUGGAGAUGAACGACGUCUCAUUUUAUCAGGAGAUCCAACGGAUGCUGGAUUCAGGGAAGAAGCUCUCAGUGACUGACUGUUCAGCUCUGGCCUUCAUGCUGCAGAUGUCAGAGGUUCUGGAUGAGUUGGACCUGAAGAAGUACAACACAUCAGAAUCAGGACUACAGAGACUGGUUCCAGCUGUGAGGAACUGCAGAAAGGCUCGACUUGGUGGCUGGACGCUCCAAAAGGCUGAAUGUGAAGUUUUGGCCUCGGCUCUGAAGUCCAACCCAGAUCUGACUGAACUGGAAAUAAAUCAGAUCUUCAUAUAUGGAGGUGGAGACUCUGAUCUGAAGCCUCUGGUUGAGAUCCUGGAGAGUUCAGUCAGUAAAGUGAAGAAACUGAGAUUGAAUUACUGCAGUUUAUCAGAGACCAGCUGGACUUCUCUGUUCUCAGCUCUGAAGUCCAACCCGACCCAUCUGACAAAACUGGGCCUGAUCAGCACCAACCUGGAAGAUUCUGUAGUGAAGGAGCUCUGUGGUUUUCUACAGACUGAAGGCUGCAGACUGGAGACAUUGAGAUUGAGUGGCUGCAGGUUGUCAGAGACCAGCUGGACUUCUCUGUUCUCAGCUCUGAUGUCCAACCCGACCCAUCUGACAAAACUGGACCUGAGCAGAACCAACCUGGGAGAUUAUGUAGUGAAGGAGCUCUGUGGUUUUCUACAGACUGAAGGCUGCAGACUGGAGAAAUUGAGAUUGUGGAGAUGCAGUUUGUCAGAGACCAGCUGGACUUCUCUGUUCUCAGCUCUGAAGUCCAACCCGACCCAUCUGACAGAACUGGACCUGUACAGCACCAACCCAGAAGGUUCUGGAGUGAAGGAGCUCUGUGGUUUUCUACAGACUGAAGGCUGCAGACUGGAGACAUUGAGAUUGAUGGGCUGCAGUUUGUCAAAGAUCAGCUGUGAUUAUUUGACCUCAACUCUGAAGUCCAACCCGACCCGUCUGACAAGACUGGACCUGAGAGAGAACAACCUGAAGGAUUCAGAUGUUUGGCAGCUGAAGCGUUUUGUAAAGACAGUAAUGUUGUACUGAUCUCAGUAAAGUAGAAAAUGGUCUCUGUGUCCUGCUGAUCCUCAGAGGUUGAAGCUGCAGCAGUUUGAGUCUAAAGAGACUCUGACUGGAUCAUGAUGAUGACCUCUGACCUCCAAGUUUUCC